AUGGAAGAAGAUAAAACUCUGAAGACAGCUGCAUUUAUUUUUGCAGGGUUUUCUAUGAUGCUCAACAUUAGGCUAUGUUAUAGUUCUGCUCCAUAUGCACUUAUUAGAUUUAAGUUGCCUGAGGAUCUUUUUAGUAUAUUUGUUAGAAGGAUGUCUAGUUCAUUGGAACUUUGGUGUCUGCCUAGCAUUGUUAUUGGAAACAUUAUGGAUCAGCUCAUGAAGCGUGUUGGUGUAGAUAAGAAGAAAAUAAUUACCUGGCCAUCCAUUGCUUGUAUGUGGAUAGACUUCCUCACCUAUGUCAUUCUUCUAAUAGUAUAUUUGAUGGGUGGUGAACAGGGUCAUCUAACUGCCCAUUAUUGGAUCAUCGCAUUUUCUGGAUUCAAUUUCGGUAUUGAAAUGGUGUUGGUAUAUGCACAGGAUGAUGAUGGUACUAUUACUUGGUAUAUGGUUGGUGAAAACUCAUUUCCAUUGUUUACUUCACUUGUUCAUUAUUUCACUACACUAAUGUUUGGUAACAGAAGGAAGUGGAACUCUGAUUACAUUGUAGUCUUUGUUGAUAUUAUAGCUGCAAUCAUGAUCUCAUUCACUGCAGCUCUGUUAUGGACAAUAAAGUUCUAUGGUGCCGAUAGUCAGAAGUGCACUAGACUCACUCUUGAUGCCAAGACCUCUGGGAAUGAACUAUCCUAUUGCUCUGGAUAUACCUCUUGCUCUAAUUAUGAUAAUGCUGCUGGUGGUCAUAAACACAAACCUGGUUUACCGACACACACUCAUCAUGGUGCAAACAGUGGUUGUGAGUAUGACAUUAAUAGAUGGCACAAUUUUUCACCUGUACUGAUGGUUCUAGUUGGUAUGGGUCUAGUAUACAUGAUAUAUCCAGCUAUUGCACCCGGUAUGAUUGUACCAUUCUAUCUAGUUGAUAAGAUUGAUAUGAUACUUCUAAUAGCUACAGCUGUCCCACCUGUAAUUGUAGCUAUCCUCAAGAGCAAAUAUUAUGGUCCUUUUGUAUUCUUGGGUAAUUGGGGUGGAAGUCAUAAUGCGUUUGGCACAGUUCUAUCACCUGCUGUUAGCAAAGCCACCCUUAACCUCCGCUAUGAAAAUAGUCAUACUCUAACACUCAAAAAUAGUGGUGGUAAUGCUGUUCAAGAGGCCAAAGUCAAUGUCCGUAAUCAAAAAGAUACCAUCACUCAGAUAAAAACCCAAUCUCAGGCUAUCAAAAUCAAUCUGACUCUAAAACUCGCCGAAGUUACUCUCACACAAACACUCCCAGGUGGUACUAGGAAUAAACUCAAGGCUACUGGGACAAUAACCACCACCAAGGAAGUCACCAAAGGUAGUCUCCAUACUGAUCAUACUCUAAACUUCACCAGCAUUGAUCUCAAUCAAAGACUUCCUGCUGGUCCUGCUGGUACUGUAAUUAUUGGUCACGGUACCAUUGAUCAUAAGGAACUCAAUCUCAUAUCCAGUGCUGCUGGUGCCGGUGAAGAUGGUAAACCUACCAAACUCACUCUAAAACUCUCUCCUGGCACCACGUCCGAUGCCAAUAUAAAUGAACAACUGACCCUCAACAACACAGACAAAAAUACUCUCACUCUGACUGGUGGUAUCACCGGAACACUCAAAUACACUAGUGAUAACAGUGGUACUCUAACUGCCUCCAUCAAUAGUGUCACCUAUAACCUCAACGACUUCCAUUAUACAUCUGCAACUGAUCACUCAGGUACUCAUCCGAACUAUUGCUGUAUUGGUGGAAAUCUAGCUACGUGGCAAGACGAUAGUUCUGGUAUGCCUGCAUGGCAUUUAUGUGAUGUUUUUGUCAUUCUAAUGAUCAUACUAGCUAUUAUAUUUGUAUACUCACUUCACUAUAGAGAUUCUGCCAUUUCUCGUUCUAUCAUUAAUCAACCCAAGAUGUCCACCGCACUAUCUAUUAUAUUUUAUAUGUGUCAUGAAAUAUCACUUGCUGUUGGAUUUCCAGGAAUAGCAAGUGAUGAUAAUAUUAUUUUACCAAUCCAACUAGUAGGCGCAUUCCUUAUGGUACUGUUGGCUCCAUACUCAGAGGGAUACCUAAUUGAGUACAAGCGGCACGAUCCCGCAGAUUGGCCCACAGAAGGUAUGACGAAAUGGAACGCGUUCUGCUACUGA